AGGCCCUUAAUUGAGAGUAAAUGAGCAAUCCAGGCUUUAUUUUUAAGAGUUAUCAAACUUUUUCUUUCGGCUUAUUUUGAUUAUCAAAAUGGCGGCAUCCACAGUGGAUGGCGAAGUUGAAGUAUUUACACUUCCCUUUAAAAAAUCCAGGAACUUGAAGCUGAGAAGUGUCUGGGGCAUGGGGAAGGAACUGUACAUGUUUCAGUCACAGAUACCUCACAAAGAAAGAGAAGAAAGUCAGAGAAGCUCCAGUGAGUCUAAAAUUUUUGAUGUUCAGUGGAAUGCUGAGAUGCAUGAUAUAGCCAGAAAAUUGGUGAAUGAAACACACAAUAUUUUUGUAAUAUUGCAAGGUCAAGUGAAGAGUCUAUCUCAGUCCAUAUUGUAUUCACAGCUGCGUAAAGCAAGUAAACAGUACAGAGCAGUGUUAAAGGCUUGUAGUAUGGAGCUGAUGCAGAUUGCAGAUUCUUGCACUGAUGAAAGUAAAAAACUGAAAUAUGAAGAGCACAUCCAAGAGUUUGAGAUGGUUCAGCUCAUUUGGAGUUUGUGUGAAAUACUGUUCAUAGAUGUUGCUCCAGGUGGCCUUGUACUCACCUCUCUCCUCGAUUGGCUACAGUGGCAUUUCCAAGAGGGGAAACAACUGGCUACCAAAGUCAUUCAUUCAGACCAACCUUGUGAACAUCCCCAAUAUUGGGAGGCUAUCUAUCGUCUGCUACUCCAGGGAGAUACAGAAAAUGUCAGAAAGUUGCUGGCCCUUAAUGUCUACAGCCACUCCGACUCCUUUAUUGCCGCUGAUGAAGUGUUGAAAAAGAUGCCACGCUGGACAUAUCAACAUGCUCAGUCUGUGGCAGAAUAUGAAAUGAAAUGGAGGCACUGGAGGGAAGAAUGUGUACGCAGAUAUGAAGCUGCACAGUUUGCUGCCUACCCUGAACUUGAGACCAUUGUUCAGGUAUUGUGUGGUGAUGAGGCAGUGUUCAAAGAUUUGAAAGACUGCUGUGAAACAUGGUACCAUCUCCUGGUGUCCAAGCUACUGUAUCAGAACCCAACAUGCAGAAUACAAGAUCUCACUUAUGAAAUUAAGCCCUGCCAAGCAGUGUACUCAAACUCCAGUCCACAGAUACAAGAACUAGAUAACAUUCUUCAAGCUGCCUUGGAAUUUGAUCUACAUCAGGUCAUUAAAGACAGUUGUACUUUCCUAAGUAAUCGCAGUUGGUGGUUUGUGUCUCACUUAGCUGACAUACUGCACCACUGUGGUCAACUAGAUCCACAAGAAUUGCCGUUUGGCUCCAAUCUCCGAGAGUAUUUGCUGUUAGAAUAUGCCACUUCAUUGAUGGCACACAAAAGUUUAUACCAAGUUGGCAUAGAUUAUCUUGACUUUUGUCCAGUGUUUGGAAGGUCCUACAUUGAAGCGUAUGUUGAACGUAUUCCUCUAGAGACAGAAAGAAAAGCUCAUAAAAUAUUACAUAUUUGUCUGGAGCGAGAUUUGUUAGUUCAAGCUCAAAGCAUUUGUAAAGUUAUGGGCAUGAAGUGUCUGAAACAAGAAAGAUUUGGCAGUGCUCUCUCUUGGUUUCUUAAAUCUAAGGAUGCCACAGUCAUCAAACAAGUUACAGAUAGGUUCCUGAACGAGUAUUGUGAAGAAGGUAAAUUCUCUCACCUUGACCUCAUUGACCAUCUUGGGCCAUCCAUGUUGAUAACUAACAGUUUAACAUUUUUAGCUAAAUACCGAGAGUUUCACACUUUCUAUAACAAUGGAGACGUCAAAGGAGCAGUUAAUCUUUUGCUGUCCCUGAUUUCCUCUAGACUGGCACCUAAAUUUUUCUGGAUGACUAUGUUGAUGGAUGCAUUACCUCUUUUAAAUCUUCCUGAGGUUGUUUUUAAUGUCAGCCAGACCUAUGAACUCCUGCACUGUUUAGAAGAGUUACAAAGAGAUGGCACCUCUAAUUAUAAGAAUCUUAAGGAAACAGAAAUUGAGAAGUUGAAACUUCUUAGGAUUGCAUUGACCAGAAAUUUGGCAAAUGCCAUUCUCCAAGAGAGGUCUGUCAGAACUGUCAGUAUAUCCUAGCUGCCACCAGGAAUUAGACAUCUUCCUGUUACAAUGAAAAGAUGGAGAGGUCAGAGGUCACUGUUAUGAUAAUGCUGGUUUUCUAAUCUCCCUUGCCUAUGUAAAAUAAAACUGUUCCAUGUAUGAAUAUAUGCUUUUUUUUUUUUGUAUAUUGUCACUGACUGCUCAGUG